AUGGAACUAGAUGGAGACCUUCUAAAGAAACAUAGUAGGAGAUGUAGAGAUGAGUUCUUGAACUCACUGUCUCUUGACGAUGAAGAUGAAGACUUCAUAAUCCCAUUAUUCGAGAAUGUUGAAGAUGAUGAAGCACCCGUGGAAGAAGAACCUUUGGAUGACGAACAGGAGGAGGAAGAAAAUGUAGAUGAAGUUGUGGAUGAAGAGGAAAAUGAUAGUGAAGCUCAGUUUAAAUAUUCCACACAUGAUCCAAACGUGAAAUGGAAUAGAAUGAAACCUCAAGAGGGAGAAAGGUAUGAAUCUCCACAGCAACUUAAACUCUGUUUAACAAAUCAUGCCAUAUCUAAAGGUUAUCAGAUUAGGUUUAAUAAAUGUGAUAGUGUUAGACUACAUUGUGUGUGUGCUAGUGAUCAUGAGAAAUUCGGUUGUCCUUAUUAUGUUAAAGCCUCUUGGAUGAGCAUUGAAAUGUCAUUCCAAAUAAAGAAAAUGUAUCCACAUCAUAUAUGUGUCAAGAAUUUUAACAAUGGAAAACUUAUGGGACCAACAUGGUUAGCUAGACAAUUCCUUAAAGAACUUAUUAGGACACCUAAUUUGAAAGAUAAGGAAAUCCAAGAAAAAGUUCAACACAAAUUUCACACUAAGAUUUCAUGGGUAAGGAGUUAUAGGGCUAGAUGUAGGUCAAUGUCCAUGAUUGAGGGAAAAUUAGGUGAUCACUAUGCAAGGGUAUGGGAUUAUGGUGGUGAAUUCCUAAGAUUCAAUCCAGACACCACCAUUAAAAUUUGUGUUGAAGACAACAAUGAUGGUGCAACUAUUUUCAAAAGGAUGUACAUAUGUUUCAAAUCAAUCAAAGAAGGGUGGAAGAUGGGUUGUAGAAGGGUAGUAGGAAUUGAUGGAUCUUUUCUGAAAGGGCAGUGUAAGGGACAAUUAUUAACAACCAUAGUUGUUAGAGGUUACCUUGGAAUAGAUGCAGGAAGGGGCAUGUGUCUUCUUGAGGCAACAAAGGAGGUGUUACCAUAUGUUGAGCAUAGACAGUGUGCACGACAUAUCUAUACCAACUUCAGAAAAGUAUAUAGUGGAAUUGAGUUAAGGAACCUAUUCUGGAAGGCUACCAAAUCAACUGUAGAGGGGAAAUUCAAGAAUCACAUGGAUGAGAUUAGACAGAUUAGCCCAGGUGCUUAUGAACAUCUAAUGGCAAGGGAGCUAAAUACAUGGUGCAGGGCUUUCUUUUCCACUAGAUUAGCCUGUGAGGCUGUAGAAAAUGGUAUGGUAGAAUGCUUCAAUGCAGUUAUACUUGAUGCUAGGAAGAAGCCACUACUGACCAUUCUUGAAGAGAUAAGGCUAUAUAUGAUGGACAUGUUUUACAACCUCAGGGAGUUAGCUGAAAAAUGGGAAGGAGAUGUGUGUCCAUCUGUAAUUAAGAAAAUGGAAGAAUUUGGUGAGGAAUUGAAGUUUUGGAGGGUACACCCUAGUGGAAAAAAUGAAUUUACAGGUAUAAAUAGUCUUGAAUCAUCUGGAGUCAGCAUAGAGAAAAAGAGUUAUGCAUGUAGACUUUGGGAUGUAUCCGGGAUACCACGUGUCCAUGCCCAAGCAUCUAUCGUUAACUCAUCAGGAUCCAAAGACAUUUAUCAGCAAGUGGUUUGCAAUUUAUGGACAGAAGCUCCUUAUAUUAAGCCCUUACCCCCCCCCCCCUUAGAGAGGAGGAUGCCAGGCAGGCCUACUGUGAAAAGGAAAAGGCAUGACUCAGAGAGGGAUGACAAGUUCUCUCAAGUGUCCUCAAAGGGCAGAACUGUCCAAUGUCAAAACUGUCAACAAAAGGGGCACAACAAGAAAACCUAUAAAAAUCCACAUGUUGAACCAGAUCCUAAACCCAAGAAGAAAAUAGGCAGGCCAAGAUUGGACCCUAGUCUAAUCCAAUGGACAAGACGUGGUAGAGGGAGAUAA